AUGCCUGUUUCUCUUCUGUACUACAAAGACCCCUCGCUCGGCUUGACACCUCACGUGAGGUCGCCUUGCGCAAAAGUAGUUGCAGCCAUGCAGGGCCUCGGGGCGACGGGUGCGGCGCAGUCCAAGGACUGCUCCUUCCCCGCGGGCUCCGUGGCGGGCGCGCCUCUGAGAGUCAGUUGGUUUUUGGUGAUCCUCUUCUUGUCGCAGCUCGUGGACGCGGUGAAUCAGCAUCAGUGGCCCUUAUGGGUGCGUCUCGCCUUCGUCACGGGCAACGAGCUGCUUUUGCUGGGCACGGUGCUGUGCCACGAGAUGGGCCACGGCACCAUGGCCCGGCGCUGCGGUGGAACCAUCGCGGAGGUUCUGCUGUGGCCCUUUGGUGGCAUUUGCUUCACCACACGCGCACAGGGUCGCGGUCCCAGGGAGAAGCUGGUGGACGACCUCUACAUCGUCGCGGCGGGUCCGGCAACUCACUUCCCGCAGUCCGGCGUCUGGCUGGCUCUCUUGGCCGCCUUCGCGGCGGCGAUGAGCCAUGUGCAGAUGCCGCCCGCCUGGAAGUACCUAGUUCCCUUCGGCGCAGUGCCCAGCCCUUGCCUGGAUGCCAACUGGCCAGGGCCCGGGCGCCCGGAAAGGGUCGAGCCACCCGCCCCCGACCCGUCGACCCGUCGGCCCGUCGGAGCCAUGCUGGGUGAAGAGGAGCUGAUCUGCACCGGCUGCAAAGAUCCGUACCACUCCAGCACGGGCUGCUUGUGCGCUCCUGGGGAGGAAAAUUGGGUGCCAAAGGAGCCCAAACCGGAGAAGGUGGAGAAGGAGAAGAAGGAAGCCCGCGCGGCGACGCCACGCUGCAGCUGCGGGGAGAUGCGCGUUCGCGCCAGCAAGGCGCCGGACCGGCUGCUGCCCUGCGACUGCGGCGCGGAGGCCUGCGACGCGCCCUGA